UCUGUCUUUGUUGAAUGAGCUAAAUUUAGAAUGCCCUCCUCGAAUCUCGCCCUUCCUCCAUGGAAAUGGAAGACGGAACAAACAAACAAACAACAACAAUGGUUCUGAUCUCUGACUCUUAGUGACCUGCACGAUCUCCUCUCGUUUUAGUUAUUUUUAGGAUCACCACAUGACCAUUUCUCUUCACGUUUCCACUUUUCUUUUUCUUCCUAAUUCCCUCAUCCUUUCCUCUGCCUUUCUCCAUUCUUCAUUUCCUUAUAUCCCCUUUCUGCCAUUUCUUUCACCAAUUCUUUUUUGUUUUCUUUUCUCGUUGGGUUGGGUUCUCUUCCAUUUUGUUGGUUUCUUUUGCCUGGACCUCAUUGCUCCUACCUCUAUAUCUUUUGACUCCAAUUCUCUCCCAUUUCCCACCCAAUUCUGUCUCUCUCUGUAGCUCUUUCGACCCACUUUUUUCCUUUGUCUGUAGGUGGGCAAAGUCUGUUUCUUUUGUCUGCCAUUUGGGGGUCUGAUUCUGUAUUUUUCUUUGGUGGGGUGGAUGGUCUUUUGAGGAAAUGGGUCUGGAAGAAGGAAAUGGUUCUCCUGAGAAAAAGGAAGCUAAAGAAGAACAGGGGGAGGACAGUGUUGGAUUGAGUAGAAAAUUGAGCGAAACUUCCAUAUGUGCACCAGAGGAGGAUGAAGAUGAGGAGGGAAGGAAGAUCGAGUUGGGUCCUCAGUGUACCCUCAAAGAACAACUUGAGAAAGAUAAGGAUGAUGAGAGCCUCAGAAGGUGGAAGGAACAGCUUCUUGGGAGUGUGGAUAUCGCUGCUGUAGGAGAAACUUUGGAACCAGAGGUAAAGAUCCUGAGCCUAGCGAUUAGAACCCCAGAUAGGGAAGACAUUAUUCUACAGGUUCCUGAGAAUGGAAACCCCAAAGGCCCCUGGUUUACUUUGAAGGAAGGUAGCCGUUACAACUUAAUCUUCACCUUCAAAGUUAGCAAUAAUAUCGUUGCUGGUCUCAAAUAUGCCAAUACGGUCUGGAAGACUGGUGUCAAGGUCGAUAGCUCAAAGGAAAUGCUGGGAACUUUCAGUCCUCAGGAGGAACCUUACACUCACGAAAUGCCUGAAGAUACAACCCCAUCUGGCAUGUUUGCUCGAGGAUCAUAUUCAGCAAGAUCCAAGUUCGUUGAUGACGAUGAUAAAUGCUACUUGGAAAUCAAUUACACGUUUGAUAUCAGGAAAGACUGGCAGUCAUCUUAAGAGGAAGAAAAAAAAAAGAAAGAAAAAACAUCAGGACAGAAUUAAUUGUACUGUACCCAAAUAUUGUGUGUGUUGGUUUUGUGUUUGAUCAAUCUCUCUUUUGUGAA